AUGGCUGCAUCGCCCAGCUCGGCCGCGGCCACGUCCGAAAUCGAGCCUCCAAGCUCGCCUGCUGCUCAAGAAGCCAAGUCGUUUGUCUCGCGCGCAGCGAGCGACGAUGAGGAUACGCAGAUGGCCGAUGAGCCCACCGAGGUCCAGGAGAAGCCUGCCCGUGGCCGGGGAAGGGCUUCAGCAAAGGGCGGCGAUGCACCCCAUCAGAUCGGCAAGAUUCGACAUUUGAAAAAGGAAGAUGGUGAGCCUCUUUGGCGGGAAGAUAUUCAAUACGACUUCCUCAAGGCCGUUUUCGACAACGAGCAAAAGGUUUUUACCAACUCGUACGAUCACGACAUAGGCAAGCAAUGCUUUGCCGAUCUCUACAUCGAUACUAUGUCGCGAAGCAGCAAAACUAGCAAAGUCCUCAGGGACAAACUACUGAGUGAUCGAGAUGCAGCCAAGGGCAUGGCCAUGGUCUGCUUGCUGGUCAACGUCGGCCGCAUGAACACGACGCUCAAUUUUUUUCCCGAAAUGAGAGCUCAGCUCCGAACAUACCACGCGAUUCCAUCGUUGCAGGCACACCAGGACGCACACGCGUACAAACAGCUACAAGACGCCCCUCGUCUUAAAUCUAUCCUGAAGGGCGGUGCUGAGGACAGGGAGGAGCCCAACUCGUUGGAGAAGAUCAAAAAGGCCAAAGUGCCUCGAACCAAUCCUGUCAAUCUCAUCUUUUCCAUGUGCCACGCGGCGCAAAAGGUUGCCGAACUACACUUUCCUGAUUAUCAAGAGUUCCACGAUCUCAUCAUGAAGACCCAGUACAGCAGCAAGUCUCGUGCCUUGGCUUUCUUGUGGCUCAUGUGGUUUUAUCUAGAGUCUGAUUUCACCGAGGAGGGCUGCGAGGAAAAUCCGUUUGGCGCCGGUGUCGACUACGGCCUAGACGUUGCGAACCAGGGUGUCCCGGAACUCGUCGAGAUGUCGGAGGAUGAGCGAGCCAAGGAAAACGUAGACACGCCUGAGGAGGUGAAUUUUGGACGCGAGAAGCAAAAGACGCGAGCCAAGAUUCUUGAAAUGGACCAAGCUUAUCUGAACGAGAGAGAGACAAAACGCGGCAAACGGGCGACUUUAAAUGACGAAGGUCCUGCUAUCCUGCCGCGCAUCCGUCCUUCUAAGCAUGACUCGGACCGAGACAGCACAAGAUCUACGCCUCCACCGCGACACGCGGGCAGAGGUGGUCGACGAGUGUUGGGUCUCAAGUACCAAAUCUAUGAGGGGUCGUCCCCAGCUCGCCACGGAUCAGAAGGUGUCGGGUCACGGAAGCCUCGGCCGCCAACGGCGCAUCAGCUUGCGGUGGAAAGAAACCGCAAUGAGCGCGUCGAGUACAUUCUCGACCGAGGCCUCCGAAAGCAACACCACAGAAGCCGCAAGGUUCGACGCCAGGAGGGAGCCGUAUACCGAGCAUACAGGCGGACCCAGGCCCAAGAAGACCCGUUCGAGGACAGUGAUGGCGAGGACGCAACACCACGCAACAUUUCCAGCAAGGAGAAGACUGCCGUGUUCCGCGAGAGGGGUUUAGGUGGGCUUGCUCUUCUCAGUGCCGAGGCCGAUGACUACGGCGAAGAAGUGAGUGCCUACGCGGCCGCUUUGAGAAGAUGUUCGCGACGUCUUUGUCGGUGGGCAGGACGUGAAACCGAGCUGGGCGUUAUUGCACCAAUCAAAGGCAAGAAAGCAACAGCAAAAGCCAAUGGAAACAAGUCCGCUGGCGGCGACGGCGAUACUCUGAACGAGUCUCCCAUGAAGAAUGGUGAUGUGAACGGAGAUAUCACCAUGGGUGAUGCAGAUAUCGACGACCAGACUGCCUUGCUGGAUGACGGGGAAGACGAUGUAGACGACCCAGACAGGACCGAAGUCAUGGGUGAUUCUGACGUGGAGUAG